AUGAAAGUUUGUUGUUUGCUCUAUAUGAUGAUUGACGUUGACAAUUCCGAUAGUUUAGAAGAAUGUCAAAUAAGAUCAUUACUGAUGUAUCUAACAAAUAUGAGGCAAUUAGAAAUGGCAACGUUGUUUUAUAAAUUAGAUUUGGAUCAGUCGGGAGCGAUUGAAUUGGAAGAAUUUUUUUUAUUAAUCAGUCUGCUUCUUGCUAAUAAAGAUAAAAAAGAAAAAGAGUUCAUGCAUGCUCAUUCAAAAACAGUGUUUGAACUCUUGGAUGACGAUGGAAGUGAUACUCUAUCUGCCGAAGAGUUUCAACGUCUAGCAUUCUUAUUCAAUUUAGAUAAUCAGGCCAUCAAUUUAAUCUUUCAAGAUUUUGAUGUUAGUGGAGAUGCGGCGUUAGAUUAUGGAGAAUUUCGAAUGUUUACACUAGCAUGCAUUGAUAAUCAAAAAAGUGCUAAAAAAGAGCGUCUUGAAAAUUUAUUACAGCGUCGAACAAAUUUUUUAGCUGAACAACGACGAUCAGUACUUAAUCAUAUCAAUAAAACUAUUAAUGAUUGUGUACCCGGAUUACUGAUCUAUGAAUCUGGUGAUACGUUACCACGUUAUACUCUUCCGGCUGAUGUUAGAUUUCGUCGACGAAGUGCUCGCCAGGCGAUUGAAGAUAGUCCAAGAAGACAAUCUGCAUUUCGACAUGUUCUUGAUUUUAUAACACAACGUCGAAGUGGAUAUGAAACUCCACGUAGACGAUCAAAUCGAAUAUCAAUGCUACCGAUGGAUUACACAAUUGGUGAACACUCAAAAUCUUCUCUAUUCAACGCACGACGGCAAUAUUCAACGCAAAUGGAUAGAACUUCAACACCACGGUUAUCACCACUUUUUUCAUCAAGUCCUUAUCUUAACAAAAGCCCAUCGUCAAGACAAAAUGGAAGAUUUUUGACAACUGGAAGAGUUGAAAGUAACAAAUAA